CUCUCCCUUUUCACAAACAGUGAAAGAGUUCCCAUUUGUUUUAUACUUUUACGUCACUGUCCCUACAAUUACGAAUCAUUCAUCCACACCCCCCCAAAACCCCAAACUUUCAUCUCCCAUCUCAGAUCCGAUCGCAUUCACCUCAUGGCCACCGCCGACAUUGUCCCCGUCCUCAUCCUCCUUCUCUCACUCUCCUACGGCGGCGCGUGGGCUCAGUCUCCGCCUGCACCGGAACCCUCAUCCGCUGCCGCCGACGGGCCUUCACCGCCUGCCAACUGCUUGAGGAGGAUGCUGAACGUGUCGGACUGCCUCUCGUAUGUUCAGGUUGGAAGCAACGAGACGAAGCCCGACGGCGCGUGUUGUCCGGAGCUCGCCGGAAUGGUCGAGAGCUCGCCGGAGUGUGUAUGUAACCUGCUCGGCGGUGGAGCGUCGGCGCGUUUCGGAGUGAAGCUCGACAAACAGAGGGCUAUGGAGCUUCCCUCUGUUUGCGGCGUUGCUCCUCCGUCGCCGAGCCUGUGCUCAGUGUUGGGUUUUCCGGCGGAUUCUCCGGCAGGAAGUGAAGGUUCAUCCUCAGAUUCUCAGACAUCAUCAGAAGGAGGCGGCAACAAAAACGGAAGUUCGACCGUACAAAUCUUUGCAGGAUUGGUCCUUCGUACACUUCUUCUGUUGGUCGGAGUCAUUGCAAUUCCCAUUUAACUUCAUAAAAAAAAAUCAUUUGUUUGGUUACCAUCAUUACAUAUUCGACAUUAUAUGAAUGCCAAUUUACUAAUACUAUAUUUUGGUCCGAUUAUAUUUUCCAAAUGAACGGAGAAAUCUAUGUAAAUAUUUUUCUCCGAGUGAA